GCUAGACAUUAUCAGAAGACAGCCUUGAAGGCCCAUCAUCUUUAUAUCUACAUCUCUAUCAUAUAGCCAUCCACCUAUCACCAUUUACAAUAUCUAAGGUCUGCAAAUAACUUUGUAAAAAAAAAAAAAAAAAAGCAGGAAGAGGAGGGACGGCUGUUCCUUGUUGUAUUGUCAGACGAGCUCCACUGCAGUGUACAUGACUUUCCCCCUCAUGCCUGCACACACCGGGGUGAUAUUCCCUGUACUCCUGAGCUGCAUAUCCCUGGCUGUAGGACAAGAUUUACGACUUGUGUAUGGGAUUUCAAAUUCAUCUAUCAACUUGACAUCUUCAUUUGACCCAAAUAAUGUGAAAGAUCAUACUUGGAAACAUGAUAUCAAUGGAACAAGAUAUAAAAUUGCAAAGUUUAAAAAUGACAUCUUGUUUGUAAAUGAUUUCAAAAGAUAUAAUCUGUUCAACAACGGAACAGUCUUGGGCAUCAAUACGUUGAAUCGCAACGAUAGUGGACUCUACAUCGUUGAUGUCACUUUGAACGAUGAUGCAUCGAAUGAAGAAUACAUUUACAUGACCGUGCUUGACCCUAUCCCUCCUGUACAGAUACAAAUUAAAGAGCAGAAGAGAAUUGGGGAUCGAUGUAAUGUUACUCUUCAUUGCUAUGUUCUAUCAAAUACAACAGAUGUCUCCUAUACCUGGAAAUACAAACAAGGGAACUCUGAGUAUCAGCAGUAUAAUAAUGGAAGCACCACCCAGAUAUCUCUAUCACUGGACCACCAGGACACAGAAUUUAUAUGUAUUGUAGAUAACCAAGCAGACCAGAAAAAUGCUUCUGUCCAUCUUGUAAAACAUUGUUUAGAAGAGAACACGAGAGAUCAUGGAAUAUUGGUGGUAUUUUUGAUAAGCAUGUUCGUAGUGGUUGUGGUGGCUCUGCUUGUGGUGGCGGUGGUAUGUUGGAAAUUCCGGAAGAGAUCACUAUUCACAACUGGAAAAGGCAAAGUGAAAAACUCUGGAAUAGACCUGGAUAAAAAGGAUGAGCUGCAAUAUCUGAAUGAAAAUAAACAUAAUUUCAAAGUUAUGCAAAACUCAAACAUUACCUAUGACCAAGAUCAACAGAUGCUAAUAGAAAUGGAGGAACAUAACAAUGAUGAAGACGAGAAUGAGGAACUUUUCGUAACUCCUCCCGCGGACACAAACGACCAAGAUCAACAGAUGCUAAUAGAAAUGGAGGAACAUAAAACUGAUGAAGACGAGAAUGAGGAACUUUUCAUAACACCUCCCAUGGACACAAGUGACCUGGAUGGUGAGAUACGAGUUCACAUAGUGGAAGUACAUGAGAAUGAAGGACAUGAGGAUGAAAGAAAUGACCAUGAAGGACAUGAAACUGAAGAACAUGAGAAUGGAGGCCAUGAGAAUGAAGAACAUUUGACAAUUUUGGUUGAAGAAUCACGUGAUCAGACUGAGGUGGAGGAACAUGAGAACAAUGAACCUGAAAAUGAAGAACACUUGACAAUUCCUGUUGAAGAAUCAGGUGAGCAGGAUGGAAAUAAUGUGAACGAAACGGAGCAUGAAGAAAAUUUGACCGUUCCUGUUCAGGAAACAGAUGAUUUUAAGAUGUUGCAAGAAUCUCAUGAAAAUAUGGAGAAGAUUGAACAUCUGCAUGAAGAUGAAAACACAGGAGGUCUAUUGCAAGACACAAGUGACCUGGAUGAACAAGACAAGGUGGAGGAACAUAAGAAGAAUGAUGACUAUGAGAAUGAAGAUGAUUUAACUCUUGUUAAGAAACAGGUGACCAAAUAAGCGGAACUAUGAAAUGACCAGAAGAACUGGGGUGAAGGAACA